AUGGCGCCCCCCAGAUGGACAAGCGCAGAGCAGUUACUCUGGCUGCAGAAUGAGAUGCCUGGAUACUUGCAGAUGCAAAAAGAGAAGAAAUUGCCUCGAUUCUUCGAUUCAUUGUUCCCAAGGUGGUUUAGCGACUUUCCAGAAGAGACAGAACUAAAUGGCAGCCCACCUUGUGAUGAGAACACUGGCAUAAAUGAGCCCAGCAGUGCAGGCAUCGAGUCCGUUAUCGACACAGCCCAGCUCAAUUCUAUAAACGCACCCGAUUUAGUCGAACAAGAAGACAGCCAGUCCAACUCACCUCCAAUGGGAGCAGCAGAACGACGCAAAAAAUUGCAGGAAUGGUUCCAAAAUAACUCAAAGGGAAAGACAACACCUGGUGGCAGCUCAACUGGUAGAGCCCUGUCUGUACUACUUGGCCAGCGCGCACGAGGUACUCGAGACCUCAAAGAGAUUGAAGUGUAUUCCAAACUGCACUAUGAGUCAAAAGUCAAACUGUUGGUUGAAGACGCUCUUAAAAAUAAUAUUGUGCAACCUACCCAAAGGCUUAGUAUGGUUCGGCUACACACCACUGAAUGCUUUGCAGAAGAGUCAGAAGAAGUUAAGAAAGAAAUUCGGGAGGAGACUGUAUGUCUCAAUGCUUCCAGAAGAUUGGGCGAUGUUGAGGGUCAGCAUCCGAGAACAAAGGAAGAAGUUUAUCGGACAAUUCAAGAGCUGCCUUUGAUUCUAGGUCAAGUUUUCGAGGAACUCUCAGCGUUGACAGGUGGAUGGCACUACACCGUUGUCAUGGGCGGAGCUGAUCCGUUGUGUGAAGGUGACAUCAUGACAUUGAGGUAUUUCAAAUUCCCUCUUUGCGACCGUUUGUUGAUUCAUCAACAGUUACCACCAUGUAUCUAUUACCAUUUGAAUGACACCUUGGAUACAUCCAUGUGUAUAUCAGCACCCUCAUCUACCCCGACCUCGUCUCAUCUUGCGCCCGUUGGCCUCAUCUCACUGGACGAAUUUCCGAACGAGUCCUCACUUGGAGAGAAUGUGAUAUCCGGGCCUGUGGUUGGUCCUUCUCUGUUGCAAGAACCGGGGGACUUAGUGUUGAAUCCUUACAUCAACCUGGACUUCGGUGGGUCUGUGGGAGCGAACGAACAUGGUGACUGGUUGAUGCACACUAGUAGCAGUGACCCAAACCUCCCAUCUCCCCGUAACAUGACAGACACACCAAUCACUGCUUGGAGAAAGUCAAUGGCGCUCAAUGAAGACCCGCUCGCAUCCCCCACCUUUAAUCGCAUUCAACAACGAGGUUCGAGCGCAGUGGGUCCAUCAGCCGAAGCAGUCCCUCCUUUCCUACCUCAUCCAUUGUCACCGCUUCAUACCACCCUCUUGCCCCAGCCUUCUUCGUUCUUUGUGUUUCCUGUACUCGAGGAGGUCGAUGCACUGCCCACGCUCCAACACCGUGAUCCAUUAGCAUUUAACCAGCCCAUGUUGAAUUCAGGGCCACGCUCACCUCCAGACCAACCGAUUCCAUUACCUUUGUCCCCACUUGUAUCCACAGCCUCCAAGUCACCGCAUUCCAAGUCUGUUGAACAUCAACCUUCACCGGCGUCUCACCAGCCAACUCAUCAACCUAAUUCGGAGGCGAUGACAGUGUUCAUUGACUGUCAAUCUUCGCCAGCUUCUCACCGGCCGACGCCUCACGACAUUAUGCUCGGGAUGCACACCAUGUCCUUCUACGUGAGCUGA